AUGUCUAACUUUCUGCAGCGUAUAAAGAUGGCUGGCAUAUGCCGCGAGAUUACCGAUGAAAUCUCUCCAAUUUUGAAUGAUUCAAUUAAGCCCGACUAUCAGGUAGUCCUUGGCUUUGACAAAAGACUGCAGCAACUGGAGGAGCAGCUGCCCGGAUUCUUCCAACUAAACCCUUCUCAGGAGCAAGUAGAACUCUGCAAGGGGCCUGGCAAAGGCUUUCGGUCCAUCUUAGUCUUCAUGCCCGACUCUGCCGACUGCAUAGAUACUACCACUUGGAAGUACUCGUACUCCCGCAAUGCAUGCGUCCGUUCCGCGCAGAAGAUAAUAGAAAUCCGCCGCGCCAUGGACGACCCUGAGCUGUCUUCGAGUUACAACCCCGCAGCACCAGGUGCCGAGUCUCAAAGGGAAAGGGUCAUGGUGGCCUAUCGAACAUUAGAGCGGUCGAAAAAGAGCUUGAACGGUCUCAUUUCGGGGAUUCAGAGGAAUAUUAGAACAAUCAUGGCGAGCUUUGAGAAUAAUUACUCUCGGUCAGCUGAUGAGUCAACGGAAAAAGGGGUGCCCGCCUUUUCGAACCAGACGCAGCCAAGCAAUGUUGUGUUGGAUGGAGAGUCCAAUGAAGGUCCUGAAGACACUUUGAUGGGUGACGGGCGCUGGGAGGAAUCUCAUGAAUUGUGGACAGAGUUUUUGGCCACAGUGCCUGAUUUGAAGAAGUUUGAGUGGAACUCGCUUCUGGACGACGUAGAUCUAGAUCCAAGCCAUUUAUUCAAAUAA